AUGGGCAAUACGUCUUUGCAACCACCUCCACAGCAUCAGACACCCACUAAGUUUCCCCUACAAAACCAUGUUAAUGAAGAACGUACACCUGAAACUGAUCAUGAUAGCAACACACAAUUCGAUGAGAGCGAAGAGGAAAACGUACCAGAGACGCCGCAAUAUCCUCCACCAGUUCCCAGACUGGAAUCCAACCAGGUUGCUGCACGAGCGACUCGAAUUUGGUCUGUUGCGGAAGAUGAAGCUCUGAUUGGGUUGUACUUGGAGAUCAGCGAGGAUGCUAUUAAAGGUACGAGCCAGAAAGCAACUUCCCUAUGGCGCAAUGUACACGCAGCAUAUCAAAUGGCUCAUGCGGAGAAGCCGCAUAUACUUCCACCAAGACCUAUGAAGAGUCUGACGUCGCUCUGGAGAAGGUUGGCAGCAGACACACUACAGUGGAUAUCUUGCUAUGAUGAAGCGGGUAGACUUCCGGAGGGAGGGAGUGGUUACAACGAAGCUGACCGUAUAAAAAGUGCGUCGAAGCUUUUUCAUCUCGCCCAAGGUCGCAAUUUCACUUAUCCUCACGCAGUUGAAAUGCUUAAUAAAGAUCCAAAGUGGAGGCCAAAGCUGAGAUGGUCCUUGUCAAAGGAGGAAAGAAAAGUUGCUUGUGAUAUUGAGGAGCAAGCGUAG